CGGUAGUUACAGCUCUGAAGUGAGUAUCUAAAGCCCUGAUAAGACUGUACUGAUUAGUGUACCGAACACCGGAAGCGGAUAACCCCACGAACUGAAUCCGGUUUAGCACUUCCGCUCUCACGCAGUGAUGCAUCGGUGUAGGUAGCGUGUGUUGUGUUGCAAUUACGGAUUAGUUGCAGAUUAAGAGGUGUUGCUUAACGACAGAGGCGGGUGCUUGUUCGCCGAGUCGGUGGGCUGCUCCGAGCCCGCCUAGCCCGACUUUCCAUUCAGCGGAAAGGCUGCACGAGAGAGGGAGAAAGGACAGGGCGGGGAGCAAGCAGCAGGGGUUGUUGGUCCCUUCGUGGACUCCCACAGGAAAGGGGGGGACGCCGUGCCGUGCUGUGCCCUGCGUUGGUUCUGCUCCCGUGUGGAGGUGGGAAGAAAACAACACUGCCUCUUCGUCCCAGAACCUCUCUCGCCCACUGCGGCACGCAUGGGCCCGUCACGGGGGCACUGGUUUGACUGCAGAAGAUAGCGCCAACCUUUCCCUUUCCCUCAAGAACCACUUAUCGAUCACUGGUUUGGCAGAUGGGGAGAAGGACAUAGUCUCGCCCUUUUUGCUUUGGUGCCGUUACUGCCGUACUCGAGGCCGUACCCGUGCGUCGUAUUCUUGAGCAGCACAGCGUCUCGUCUCCGAUAGUAAACGAGGGACCACACCAUCACAACACUCCGCGUGCAGCACUUGGCGGCGGCAUGUCUGCGCAUACUGCAUCGAGGGAUUCCACAGGCUGAAGGACCGACUCAGCGUGCCGGCGCAUCAUGUCGGACAUGUCGUCUGCUGCACUCGCGCCGGAUGCCAGGUGUGAUGGUGAUGGUGCUAGAAAGCGCCCCCGUCACUUGUAUCCCAAAUGUGCCAAGAAGCAUGGCGGCAAAUGUCAACUGCUGCAGCACCGGCGUUACAUCAACGAGGUGCUUCUUCACGGUGGCCUGGAGCUACGUGAAGACGUUCGAGGCAGAAGCGGCGGCGACGCACGACUUGCAGUCGCUCGAAUAAUCGAUUACAGGUUCUGCGACCCGUCGGAUGAGCAGCUUCAAAGCGAGCCGCUGAACCUCGCUCGAGGUCUGCUUCUUGAGCACCGUUGUAUCACCGCCGUGGAACUGACCUGGAUCGCGAUGAAAAGCUGUUCGUUGCUCGCGGUGCUUGAACGUAAUGAUGAGGUGAAAAGUUUGACUUUCUGGUUGCAUGGCGAUGGCGUGGUACACACCAGCCUCUUCAUGCUGACCAACACACUCUCGCGAAUCGACGAGCUGAUCUUCAUGGAUUGUUUCUGGUAUGAGAAAAUUCAAGCGUCGAUUUCGGUGAAAUCCAUUUUGCUCGAAGACAGUGUCACGCACCUGACGACUCUGGACGUGGCACACCUGGCAAUGACAGGAGAAGAGGCUGCUCGGUUCAUCCUGUCCCUGGUACAAAGCCAAACCAUUACCAAUCUCACCAUCGGGCCGGACGUGAUGUGCUAUAACGGCGGUAAAAACUUUUGCAAAUACCUCACCAAGAAAAGGACCUCACUGAAGAAACUCACGUACGUGAUAAAGACUACCCAGGUUUCCCCCGUCUGCAUAAGAGACGCGAUAGAGUGUCAUAUCAAGACUCUGUGUACGAUGAAAACUUUGGAGGAACUCACUUUUGACUUUGACGACGUGGACGCGGGCAACUCAAGAUACUGCGCCAUGUAUGCCAAAUUGGUGUCUCGCAGCUUACGGUGCCUGCGGCUGCCCCGCACGCCCUAUAGCCGGUGGGUGUUCAGCCCAUCAUCCUGGUUUUCGGCUGAAUGCAUGGAACCCUGGCUCGCAGCUCUGCGAAAGAACUCCAAACUGAACGAGCUCCGGAUCGACUUGUGGUGCUUCCGCGAACUGGAGUGCCGCGCUUUCUUCGAAGCAGUCGCCGGCAACGCCACCCUGCGGCGUGUAGUCGUCCGCCAUUUGCCGUAUACGGCUAGGCUCGACGUCAUGUGCAGAACGAUCCGUGAACUCGGACUGAGCGAUCGAGUCGUCGUCGAGGAGCAGUACUACCGCUAUCAAAGCAUGCGAUCGUUUCAGGAAUGCAGCGAAAUUGCCGGCGUAACCUUCUGCGAGCAUUGCGCUGUACACGCGGGGCAGGGCGAUUGCCUCGAGGACGUACGAGAAGUAUUCGAAGCUCUCAGUCUCAUCCGUCGCCGGAUCUCGCUGAGGGUAAAGUGUGAGGGGUUCGACAGAACCACGUUCGAUGCCUUGACUGCACUCGUACGAAGGCGGUCUGCGCAUACGGCCGUGGAGCUAGACAUGGAGCACAGUUGGCGAGACAUGGAAGACUGGCAGAUUCGAGAAGUGGCAAGCGAGCUGCUUUCUGCGCUUGCAUCCAACCCGAAACUCACCAGAGUAAGCAUCUACGGACUGCCGCUGCCGGCCUACGACUACUUGCACCAUCUUGCUGAGAGCGCUAGCAAGAAUCUAAACUUGGUCCACUUCUGCCUAACUCCGGUCUUCCCUCGCCAGAGUUCGGCGUUUAGCAGUGGCUACAUCUGGCUUGGGGAUGUGCGCAUGAAGGCACCGCCAAGCAGCGAGAACUCCGUUCUGGUAAAGAUACAGGAAGCUAGCGGAAGAAACGCAAGCCGUGUCUUGGCGGCGGCCGGCUUUGUUCUGCGCCGGCAAGACAGCGUAUACGGUGCACGGUACCUCGAAUCGAUCCACGACCAUCCCUGGCUCCUGGAGCUCGUGAGGGAGGGUGCAGCGGUCUCCGACGGCGAGGCAAAGGCGUUGAUCAGCGAUGCCUUGAAAGAAGUGCGAUACUGCAGCGCCGAGGAGUUCUUGAGGAUGGCCGGAGUCGUCAGCUCGAAGGUCGAAUGCAUCGGUUCUGGCAACACCGGGGCUAAUCUCGCCAACAUCGGAGAGCAUUGCUGGCUGCACAUCCGCCAGUACCUCAAACUCGACGACGUCGUGGAGGCUGGGCAUACCUGAUGACCCUCGGUGGAGCUCCCUAGAAUAAAGUAAAGGGAGUGCUAACCUGUCCACUGCCACUUCGUGUACAGCAGCUGCAACCACAUACGAAGACGUUUUGGCAACGGAUGUGCAGAAAUCAGCGUUGUCACCUUGAAGAUAUUGCUGAAGCUCGACGUUCUGACGAUGCUCCUGGUCUGCACCCGCUGAAUUCUCCCGGCGUCAUUGCCGGGAACCAAUCGGGAAGGGAGAAAGUUCGUACUCUAAGAAAAGAAAGGUGUCAUCUUAGUCUGCAUAGACUAAGUGCUGGGGAGUAAGUGUUUGUCUUGGGACUUAAGUUGUCUUUUUGGAAGGGUUACGAAUAAGCCACAAGAGCGCAGUUUUACACAGCCAUGUUGCGUGGCCAUUCGCUUAGUCCACGAGGGUUGGAAGUUUACGCCUUGCUUCCGGGGCCAAGUUUAUACCUUUGUGGCAUAAGGUCACGCCAAAUAUCUAAGCAUAUGUUGACACUCUUCGGGCUUAAAAGUUAUGCCAUCACAUACGGACUAACGUUACCACCAGCUGAGUGCAACCGAGCCCUUCCAAUAAAUGUGCAAAGUUAUGCUGCUAAAGCAUCCACUAUAUGCUGAAGGCACACACAGUCUGGUUACAAAUGCAAAACGGCUAUACUAAGCUGCUAGCGCUUUCUGUGAGAACUGAAAGUUUGAGGGGAUCUAUAUGGGAUAUUUCUAGCUAGAAGCUAGGAGAGGAUUUCAUAAGAUCUAUUAGCGCCUGUUCGGCGUUCUUCACAAUUUGCUUAACCUAAGCCUCUCCUUCAGAUUGCCAAACAGUUGCACAUACCUCAGAUAAGUAUUUUCUGCUCCCACACAAAGUUUACACAACGCCAGAAACACCGCUACCAAUUUGUAUUAAGUUCGGGUGCAUCUUCAGAUCGCGUGAAUGUAUUUGCGGAGAUGCUGCGUCGUUAAGUUCACGCUAAUUGGUUCAGACCACUUGGUAUCGAUGUUUAUUGUAUUUUUAUGUUAUUUCACGGAAGCUUCAUCGAGCCGAUUGGAGUGAGUGAGUACGAACUUUAUUGAGGUCCUGAGGAGAAAGAAUUAAAGCGGGGCCGGAGGCCCCACCAAUCAAUCUGGUGGCUCCACCCAGGUCGGGGCCGGUAGACAGAGUCUUUCGGCGACGGCCCGGGCCCUCUGGACAGCCUUGAGCUGAGCGAUGAGCUCUGUACUUCUGAGCGCUGAGUCCCAGGAGGACUGGUCAGGAAAGUCCGUGCCCGCGUUGGCAGGGCACAGCCAGAGCAUGUGUUCGAAGUUGUUGUAUUCGUGGCCGCAGUGUGGGCAUGCAGUAGGAAGGUCAGGGUCGAUCCUGCUUAGUGUUGUUGGUGUGAUGUAUGUCCUAGUCUGCAACUGUCUGUAAGUGACGGCCGAUUGGAUAAAUGUGAGUCAUGCUGGGCGUAGUGGCGCGGGCCGCUACCACUAACUCGCGAGCGAUGAAGCAAGAAAAAAAAAAAGAAUAUGCAGGAUAGUUCCAUGCUUCCUUUCUUUAUUUCGGGUUUCGGUAGACCAGCAAACUGGCUUAAGCAGUUUUCUUUCAUUCGUGAUAGUUCAUCUCAGAAAGCAGGACCUGCGAAAGACAUGAAAGGUAUUUAAAAAUACCUUUUGACACCAGUGUACGCACUUCAAAUUUUGUAACAGCAGCUGUUAUUUUUGUCAAAACAUGAUAUGGUUGCGGCAACACGCCCCCGUGUCUCCUUCCGAGGAAUCAUCAUCAUCAUGACACUGUAUGUCCACUGCAGGACGAAGGCCUCUCUUUGCGAUCUCCAAUUACCCCUGUCUUGCGCUAGCUGAUUCCAAUUUCCACCUGCAAAUUUCCUAAUUUCAUUAACCCACCUAGUUUUCUGACGUCCUCGACUGCGCUUCCGUUCUCCUGGCACCCAUUCUGUAACUCUAUUGGUCCACCGGUUAUCCACCCAACGCGUUACAUUCCGAGGAAUAUAGCAGUUCAAAAGAUUUCUCUCCGAGCUCACAAAAGUAAUUAUUUAUUCUUGUCUGCACUCGGUAUCUGGCGCUGUAGCAAAAAAUACCAACAAACAUUAUAAAGCAACAUUCAAACAAGUAUACAAUAAAAAAAAGAGCACGCGUGAGAACGCGAAAUCACUCCAGCACAGAGUACAAUGCACGCAAAAUACGCGAGGUAUGCAUUGCGACCAAUCAGCCGAAUGAAACAUGCAAUUUAAGUAUAGAGAAUAACAAUAUGAAAAGUAAGGGCUAAGAAAGUGCGCAUUAGGAAUAAUGGAGAGAGACUUACCUGCGGGUGCCGUGGUUCGGUUUUGAGGAAGUGCUAGUCUGCUGAGUGCCGUUGUCUGAUGGGAAGAGGACUUGGCACCCGUAGGCGCCGCUUCCCAGAGCUUACAUGUACUCAUCGACCCAGCAUAAUUCGGUACGUUGACCCUCGCACACCCCGUGAGACUCGCGGUAUCUCGAAGAUGACUGCAAUUAUGACUGCUGGAACUUGUUCGCGACGUCACUGGAGCGAACGAACUCGUUAGAUUCGUUCGCCGCAGAGGCCCUCCCUUUUUCGACAAUAGGCACCCUAGCAAUGCUACUCUCCCUGCCCCAAACCUGCCACCCCUCUGUUCAGCGUUUGUGUCGUACCCUUUUUAGAGGGGUAUGAAUCAGAUUCAACAUGCAGCAAACUGACAAUUAAACUUAUUCGAAUAAAAUUAAACCAACUGCACGACAUAUUAACCGAUACAAACUCGCAAGCCUUUCGAGAAAGUGACUCCGUAAGAAAACUGUCGGCGCUUGCGUUUAUUUGCGCUGAUCCUCCCGUCUGUGGCAGAUGGGGCGAAAGGCUGAUCGUACUCCACGUCUUGCUGGAGUGCCGGGAAGCAGAAGCAGUGCGAACAAGGUACGUCCCUGUAGCGUACAAAAAACAUAUCCCCUUACAUCCGACACUCUUUCUUAGCCCAGAACCCCCGUUUGAAAACAAGGCAGUGCUUAACUUUUUAAAUGAUGUGCUGCAUGUUAUCAGCCCGAGAGAUUCGUAGCCCUCCCUCUAUCUAGAAGGGUAUCGCUGCGAGCGCAGUGUUUUCUAGAGCACGCGCCUCCUGGCCCUUGUGCUCAAGGGUCUUCGUGAGGCGGUAGUGCUAGUGAAUCGGCACAUUUUCCUUCAUCUUUAUUUCGCCCUAUUGAUUUUAGAAUAGGUUUUAUGGUAAUCGCUCACAUCACCCGUCCUUGACAUUAUUUUAAUACUUGCGUAUUUUACGUACCUUACCGGGAAUAUUUUUAGGCCUAUAUACAGCCUCGUUACAUUUUACUUUUCUCAUUCACAUCAUAAUCGAUUCCCCCAUACCAUCUCUUGGCGCUCUUUGGCCAUCCCUGGCAUUUGCGCCAAAAAACCCCAUGCAUUGUCUUGCGUUUAUUUCCGGUUUUUAAGCGUGUAUAAGCGCCAUUGUUGCAAAGCCUCUAGGCUACUGCGUUUUCUUUUUUUCACGGACUGUUUUCGCGGAUUAUGUGUCAUUUCGCCUUUUGGUAGUUUUCAUCUUUUUUUUAAUACUUUCAAGCCGCUUAGAUGUUUCAGCUGUUUCUUUUUGGUGUCGGCAUAAGGACAUUCUGUAUAACACAUGUGACUCCAUGUUCUUCUUUUUUCGAGUUCGGGAGAAUAAAUGUGAAGCUGAAUCUAGGGAAACCCCGAAGAAUGCGAGUCCGUGUGUUUGCAAAUGGUACCCGUUCGAUCGGGUAGCCCGAGUGAAGACAUGUGCAGGCUUACGGCCUUUAAGUAAAAAUAUGAAGGCGCAAGCUGUCCGGUGGUCUAUUGUGUAGCCAAGUGCUUGUGGAGUGUACAUUUUGUACUCGACCGAUUUGUAUUCAUGUAUGCUUCUAACGCCUAACCAGUUUGCGAGUCUUUCCCAGUACGCGCUACUCACGCGGUUCCACUUACUGAUACGUAUCCUUCGCGCAAAGGUUACGUAAGUGAAACCGCGUGAGUAAUAUAUAUACAGGCUGUCCCAGCUAUCACGCAGCACGAUUUAAAAAAAGAGGAACGGAGUUACGUGAAGCAAACCUAGUGCGUAUUGUUUCCAGUAAUGUGGAGUAGCCGCCAGUAUUUUUUUCGUUACUGAGAUUUAAUUAAUUA